CGGCCGCCUUCGCCGCCCUGCCCGUGUUCCCGCUCUUCGACCUCGCCUACUACAUCGUCUCCGUGCUCUACCUCAAGUACGAGCCAGGUUAUCUUAUGAAUGAAAGAGCUGUUCAGCUUGUGCAUGAAUUCUAGAGGGCACCUAGGUUGAAGCAAUGGAGAGAAUGGAGCUGUGGAGAUGUCUCGUAGAAGCCCUUUCGCCUCUUGGCUUUGUGCUAUGCUCCACUGCUUUGGAAGCUACAUCCUUGCUGACCUGCUGCUUGGAGAAUCCCCUCUUCAUUAUUUCAGCAAUCACUCCAGCGUUGUCCUGGCCACGGCAGUCUGGUACCUGAUAUUCUUCUGUCCCAUGAACCUCUUCUACAAGUGUGUGAGCUUCCUGCCGAUGAAGCUCGUCUUCGUGGCCAUGAAGGAGGUGGUGAGAGUCCGCAAAAUCGCGGCGGGCGUCCACCACGCGCACCACCACGGCUGGCUCGUCAUGAUGGCCACGGGCUGGGUCAAAGGUUCUGGUGUUGCUUUGAUGUCCAACUUCGAGCAACUCUUGCGUGGGGUCUGGAAGCCAGAAACAAAUGAAAUUCUUCAUAUGUCCUUCCCUACAAAGGCUAGUCUCUAUGGCACACUCCUCUUCACUCUGCAGCAAACUCACUGGCUCCCCAUCUCUGAAGCCAACCUUAUCUUCUUUUUUACCAUGUUCAUGAUAGUUUGCAAGGUUUUCAUGACAGCGACUCACUCUCAUGCCUCACCUUUUGCUCCUAUUGAAGACUUCAUCUGCCCAGUUUUCUUUGGCUCUGUUGCUAGUGGACACGCUAGUCACCAUCAUGACCACCACGGGGCUUCCCAUGACGUUUCCCAUCCGCCGCCGCCUCCUGCAAAGUCUAAAGAGGAGCUAAAUGAAGGCACAAGGAAAAGGAAAGCAAAAAAAGCCGAGUAAAAGAAACAACUGCACAGUAAAUAGGCCAAGAAAAUUCUUCCAGAGCUGCAUCUCAAAGAUACCUGUGACCUCAUUUAUCCUCCAGUCCUUUUCUCUGAGACUUCAGGGAAGAUUUGGAAGCCAGGACACUGCCAGGCAGGUCCCUGAAUUACAUCUGUGCUCUUUGCUGCUUCUUGCUACUCGGUCUGUCUCUAUUCUGUGCUUAUUUUAAGGGAUUUGUAGAUUUGUGCCAGGAUGAUACUUGGGUGCCAGAUCCCAAACUGUCAGCAAUUAUGAUGCAGCAUUUUCAACUGAUGUAAAACCUUUCAUUGUAUUAAUUUCUGAAUGGAGAUAGUGGUUUGUGCUCCUGCAGCUCAGUAGAUUCCUUUGAGUUUUCAAUGACCUUCUUGAUGUCUGCCAAAACAGCAAACUGUUUAGGACACAAUUCACGUGUCUAAAUGGGAUUUUCAUACUCAAGGAAAUUAAAUGAUCUCAUAUGAACCUGAUCUAAUUUUCUUAGCUCCCACGUCUGCAGUAUCUCCAGUUAAUGUGACAUUUUAUAUGCGGUAAGGACAUCAACUGGUGUCCGGGCCAAAUUCCACUUUGGGUAAUUGCCUUCUUCUCAUCUAAAUUCUCCCUGAUUCUUAAUGGAUACAACAUUAUCUAUUUCUUAGCUAAAUCUUUGUUUGCAAGGGCUUUGAAGCUGCAAAAUGCUCUCAGUGGUAUGUAUUGUUAUUCCAAACUGUUGUGUAGUGUUGCUGCACGUUGUUAGCAAUUGUGUCCCACCUCAAAACUCAUUGUAUUUAUCUGAGGAAGAAGCCAGGUUC